CGAUUCUAAAGAACGCUCAGUCGUUUAUCGUCCGCUACGGAGAACGCAUGCCGUUCUGUAUUUGAAACCGGUACGCCGCGAGAACACAUACGAUAAAAAAACAUUGUUGAUAUUUUGAACUAUAGUUUAAUAUUAACAGGACGUAUUGUGAAUUAAAGUGGGUCACGUUGAAUCAAUAUUAUUCAAAAGGCUGAAAGUGAAACUGUAAUAUCGACGAGUGCAGAUAUCUGAGAGUAUGCUGACGAGGCUGCUGACCUUUGCUCUGGUGGCCGCUAGCUGGCGUGCCGACGCCUGCACAUGCGAGCCCGACCAUCCACAAACACACUUUUGCAAUAGCGAUUUUGUGAUCGUGGGACGAGUACAAAAAAUGUUCAGAGGAACAGAUUUCUACGACGCUUAUAAGGUUAAAAUUCGAAAUAUAUUCAAAGCAACCCCGAAGGCCGCAUUAGCGCUGAAAUCCGGCAGAAUCUUGACGCCUUCACAAGAUUCGCUGUGCGGAAUGGCACUCCAGCCUAGAGAGACUUAUGUUAUAACAGGUCGUGUAGUACAUUUGCAAGCACACAUACACCUUUGUGGCUACGUAAAUAAAUGGCGUGAAGUAACGCCGCGACAACGGAAAGGUUUCAGGCUGCUUUACAAACAAGGCUGCACGUGUAAGGUCCAUGUGAAAAGACGCAGCACAAAAUCUCCUAACACCUGCGUGACGGGUUACGACGAGUGCUACGAGCGACAUGGAGUAUGUCUUCACGACCGCGAAAGACGCUGUCGCUGGACUAGGGCUCCAGCCCUCACAAGGUGCCUCCAGAAGCAACACUUCAACAGCACGAUGACUUGAUUGAACAAACGACCCGACGCAUUAAAUAUUAUAUGUAACAUUUGUAUAUCACUCGACUCGACUUCAUUGAAAUUCCGGUUACCUUGUCAUUGUUACUAAUAUAUUAUACAAAUACAACUAUGAGUAACUAAGCCAAAAUCUUCAUCCUAACACGUCUUGUAGGUUAAUCCGUGUCUUGGCUAACGUAUCAGGAAUAAAUUGAUGUUAUUGUUUACACGAUGUUAAGUUCUGGCUAGUCACAGUAAUGUGUAACAAAAUUAUAUAGGAAUGUAAGGCAGCAAGUAUGUGGUUACGAUAUUGAUUUGCGAGAGGAAUGUGAUUCUAUGAAAUUUAUGGCUCUAUUAAAGACUUUAGUGACGAAUUUACUGAGAAUCAUUACCAAUUGUUAUUUGGAAAAUGUCUUAACAAACACAUAUUGUCGUCCCUUGGAUGAGAAUAAAUUUGCCGUUAUAAUGUAUUAUUUAUUUUAAGUUAUAUUUAUGUUUAAGUUAGAUCUUGUAAAUUAACAAAUGAUAGGUAUUUAAGUAAAUUACAAUAAAGACUUAAGAAAAUUAAA